CACCAACCACAAAAGAGAGAGAGAGACUCACUGAAACACAUAGAGAGAGAGAGAGAGAGAGAAAUGGCGUCUAAGCUGUGUGAUUCGUGCAAAUCGGCGACGGCGGCUUUAUACUGCCGACCAGACGCAGCGUUUCUAUGCCUAAGCUGCGAUUCCAAAGUCCACGCGGCCAACAAACUCGCGUCCCGUCACGCGCGCGUCUGGAUUUGCGAAGUCUGCGAGCAAGCGCCAGCUCACGUCACGUGCAAAGCGGACGCCGCCGCGCUUUGCGUCACGUGCGACCGUGACAUACACUCUGCUAACCCGCUGGCUCGCCGUCACGAGCGCGUCCCCGUCACGCCGUUUUACGAUUCCGUCUCCAGCGACGGUUCCGUCAAACACACCGCCGUUAAUUUUCUCGACGACUGUUACUUCUCCGAUCUAGGUGGUAACGGUAGCCGUGAAGAAGAGGAGGAAGAAGCUGCGUCGUGGCUGCUGCUUCCGAAUCCGAAGACUACUACUACUACUACUACUACUACGACGGUUGCUGCUAAGGAGGUUCCGGGAGAUAGUCCGGAGAUGAACACGGGUCAGCAGUAUCUGUUCUCGGAUCCGGAUCCGUAUCUGGAUCUGGAUUACGGGAGUGUUGAUCCGAAGGUGGAAUCGUUGGAGCAGAACAGCUCCGGCACUGAUGGUGUUGUUCCGGUGGAGAAUCAUACGGUUAGGGUUCCGACGGUGAAUGAGAAUUGCUUUGAAUUGGAUUUCACCGGAGGAUCUAAAGGCUUUGCUUAUGGUGGUGGUUACAAUUGCAUCAGUCACAGUGUCUCAUCAUCGUCGAUGGAAGUGGGAGUGGUACCAGAUGGUGGAUCCGUGGCUGAUGUUUCGUAUCCUUACGGUGGUUCUGCAACCAGUGGAGCUGAUCCGGGGAGCCAGAGGGCUGUUCCGUUGACUUCGGCUGAGAGAGAGGCGAGGGUGAUGAGGUACAGAGAGAAGAGGAAGAACAGGAAGUUUGAGAAGACCAUAAGGUAUGCUUCACGGAAAGCGUACGCGGAGAUGAGACCGAGGAUCAAGGGGCGGUUUGCGAAGCGGACGGAUACGACUGAGAGCAACGAUGCGGUUGCCCAUGGAGGUAUCUUUAGUGGGUUCGGACUUGUACCUACAUUUUAGAUAUUGAGAGAGGGAGAGGGAGAGAGGGAGAGAGGGAGAGAGAGAGAGAUGGUUGAUGUUUGUUUUAGUAAUAAGGUUUUUAAUUAACGAACGUUUAUUUUAAACGAGUUGUUUGUUUUUUUUUUUUGUUGAUGAGUACUUUUUAGUUUGUUGUGGGAGAGAGGCGGAGAAUUGAGUGGGUGGUGUUUAUAUGUAACUUGUUUUUGUAUAUAUUAUGUGAUUUUGAAUAUGUUUUUUUUGUGUGUGUA